AUGGAUAUCGCAUACGACCACAUUCAAGAGGAGAUCCUCUCUUCUAACAAGGAGGAGGGUACUGCCUCCUCCAGUACCGAAAAUCCCAACAUUAACCUGAACACCGAAUUCCAAGAGACAUUCCGCGCUUUCUCCGCCAGUCCGUGGGGUACUCGAAUCGGAGGACUCUGGGAUAACGUCCGCAAGCAGGGUGAGAGCUAUUACGAAGGAGCUCGACAGGAAUAUGCUGCAGCAAGUGAGGAGGCAGUAAAGGGUAUUUCUGGUCUACGAGACACUAUUGUUGAUCGGACAAAGGGGCUCUCUCUCAGCACCGCAACAUUGACCGGUGGCAAUGAAGGAAACAAGGAUGAGGCUGCCACACCGACCGCCUCCGGAGAAGGUGAACCCAAGGAAGAAGCCCAGGCUGGUAGCUCCAACAGCGAGGGAUUUAUUUCCCGCUUCAAGGCUGAAGCUGCGCGCCGACUCAAAGAGAUCGAAAAGGCGGAGGAGGCUGCUGACGAGGCAAUCUUACGGUUCGGACUGAACAUCAGCCAGAAGCUCCGAGAGGCUGUCAGCAUUCUCCCACCCGAGACGGAUGAAUCCGGGAAGCUUCUUUUCGAGAGUAAGGAUGCAGAUGGUAAACGGGUGAUCCAUGCGACUCGAUUCGAUGCGCAGUUGCAUGUUAUUCACUCGAACUUGGAUAGCUUUACCAAGGACCCUGCUAGUGACAAGUACGCGGAGUUUAAGAAUGAAUUCAGUGUCGAUGCCAAGACUGUUGAGAUCGCUUCUCACUUGGAGAAGUACCCUGAGCUCCGGUCUGCUAUGGAGAAGCUUGUCCCUGAGACAGCAGAGUACGCAGACUUUUGGACUCGGUACUACUUCCUACGUCUUGUCAUUGAAACUGAAGAGCAGAAGCGCAAGGAACUUCUAAAGGGUGCCAACGCCGACGACGAAGAGGUCGGUUGGGAUGAUGACUCUGACUCUGAAUCCGAGUCCCCCUCCACCCCCCAGGUUCAUCCUGGUACCCAGAAUCUCGCCCCCAGCAAGGAAGCCCAGAAAAUCGAGCCUCGUCGAUCCAACGACCAACAGUCCCAGGCCGACAGCGAAUCAAGCUACGAUGUUGUGAGCGGUGCUGCUAGUCGAACCCCUGGUAGUCCCAAAGAGAAGAGUCCUACUACAGACUCAAAAGCCGAGGACAGUGACGACGACUGGGAGUAG